CGUCGCUGCCGUCCGCACACGUCCGAGCAGCCGUCGCCGCCGGAGCAGGCACUCACCAUGCUGCGCGUGCCGAAGUUCCUGCUGAAGGGCCUGCACCGGCUGCAGAAGGGCCCGGGCUACACGUACAAGGAGCUGCUGGUGUGGUACUGCAACAACACCAACACGCACGGCCCCAAGCGCAUCAUCUGCGAGGGGCCCAAGAAGAAGGCCAUGUGGUUCGUCAUCACGCUGCUCUUCGCGGGCCUCGUGUGCUGGCAGUGGGCGGUCUUCAUCCAAACCUACCUGAGCUGGGAGGUCAGCGUGUCGCUCUCCAUGGGCUUCAGGACUAUGGACUUCCCCGCCGUCACCAUCUGCAAUUCCAGCCCCUUCCAGUAUUCCAAGGUCAAGCACUUGCUGAAAGAUCUGGAUGAGCUGAUGGAAGCACUCCUGGACAGGAUUCUGGCUCCCGAGAUCAGCCACACCAACACCACCAGGACCCUGAACCUCACCAUCUGGAACCACACACCCCUGGUCCUCAUUGACGAGCGGGACCCUCACCACCCAGUGGUCCUCGACCUGUUCCAGUGCAGCCACAAUGACAGCAGCCCAGCCCCAGGAAGCGCCUGCACUGCCCAGGAGUGUAAGGUGGCCAUGAGACUAUGCAGCUUCAAUGGGACUUUGUGCACCUUUCGGAACUUCACCAGUGCUACCCAGGCUGUGACAGAGUGGUACAUCCUGCAGGCCACCAACAUUUUCUCACAAGUGCGGCGCCAGGAGCUGGUGGAGCUGGGUUACCCGGGGGAGCGCAUGAUCCUGGCCUGCCUGUUCGGGACGGAGCCCUGCAGCUACAGGAACUUCACGUCUAUCUUCUACCCGGACUAUGGCAACUGCUACAUCUUCAACUGGGGCAUGAUGGAGAAGGCGCUUCCUUCCGCCAACCCUGGGGCUGAAUUUGGUCUGAAGUUGAUCUUAGACAUUGGCCAAGAGGACUACGUCCCCUUCCUGGCAUCCACGGCUGGAGCCAGGCUGAUGCUGCAUGAGCAGAAAACCUACCCUUUCAUCAGAGAGGAGGGCAUCUACGCCAUGGCAGGGACCGAAACAUCCAUCGGGGUGAUGGUGGACAGGCUGCAGCGCAAGGGUGAGCCCUACAGCCCGUGCACCAUGAAUGGCUCUGAUGUCGCCAUCCAGAACCUCUACAACAACUUCACCACCACUUACUCCAUCCAGGCUUGUCUUCACUCCUGCUUCCAGGACCACAUGAUUCGUAACUGCAGCUGUGGCCACUACCUCUACCCACUGCCCCCAGGGAAGAAAUACUGCAACAACCAGGACUUCCCAGACUGGGCCCACUGCUAUCUAAAGCUGCAGGUGAGUGUGGCCCAGAGAGAGACCUGCAUCAGCAUGUGCAAGGAGUCCUGCAAUGACACUCAGUACAAGAUGACUCUCUCCAUGGCCGACUGGCCUUCUGAGGCCUCCGAGGAUUGGAUUUUCCAUGUCCUGUCUCAGGAGCGGGACCAGAGCACAAACAUCACGUUGAGCAGGAAGGGAAUUGUGAAACUGAACAUCUACUUCCAAGAAUUCAACUACCGCACCAUCGAGGAAUCACCUGCCAACAAUAUCGUCUGGUUGCUCUCUAACCUGGGUGGCCAGUUUGGCUUCUGGAUGGGAGGCUCAGUGCUGUGCCUCAUCGAGUUCGGGGAGAUCAUCAUCGACUUCGUGUGGAUCACCAUCAUUAAGAUGGUUGCUUUCUGCAAAAGUCUGCGCAGGAGGCGGGCCCAGGCACCCUACACCGGCCCACCACCUACUGUGGCAGAGCUGGUGGAGGCCCACACCAACUUUGGCUUCCAGCCUGACACAGCCAACCACAGCGCCCACACCGAGGCCUACUCUGACCAGCAGACACUGCCCAUUCCGGGCACCCCACCCCCCAACUACGACUCCCUGCGUCUGCAGCCACUGGACACCAUUGAGUCGGACAGUGAGGGCGAGGCCAUCUAGACCCUACCCUGCUCACCCCAGCAGCUCAUGAAACUGAAAAGCUAUGACCAUGACCAAGGCCUUAUUUUAUGAAACCUUCUCCAAAGAGCCAGGAACGUAGGUGUCCAAGCCUGAGUGCUUGUCCUUCUACAGAGGCCAGUAGUAAGUGUGCACCCCCAGGCUAAGGACUAGUAGCAGGGUAUGAGAAUUGUUACCUGGUUCAUGUACACACACAUACACCUGUCCUGCUCUUUAGCCUAGAAGGCCCCAGAGACUCCGGAAAGCUCUCUCCUGGGGGCAGAUCACUCACCCUCUGCCCAGAGCUGAACAGGUGGUCACACUGUGCUGCUAAUUCCCCAAGACCAGUGACUUCUUGGGUGGCUUUGGCUCACCUGUGUGAACAGGCUUUGGGGGGAGUGCUGGAUAACUGGGGAAGCCUCAGGUGUGGGGGCCUACCAGAAAGCACAUGUAUCUCGCAAGAAAACCAAAAUAGCAAGGAGACUGGUUCUUUGUCUCACUGGUGGAUGGACUGCCCUGGUACGUGCCUGAGCCUGGAAGGACCUCCCUGAUGACUUGAGAGCAAGGGGCUCUUGGGCAGGUCAGGCAGCUCUUCCUUAGGGAUCCGCUACUUCCUUUUCAAGAUGUUUCCAAAGGGGACGUCUGUGAGCCUUAGCAAGGCCAUCCAGGCUUCUUCUCUGGAUUUCAAGAACAAAUGGAAAAAAUAAAAUGGCUUAAGCAAAA